UUGUCCUGCCCGCGCAUGCGCAGUAGCGGCUUCAGGCCUGCCACCGGGAGCGGGGUCACGCUUGUCCUGCCCGCCUUGCGGUCCUCGCAGUCAUGGCGGCCGCGUCGCUCCCCGCGUGGCUGUGUCUGCAGCCGGGGGCCAGGGCCCUGCGUGCCUUCUCCACCGCAGUGUCUCCGACCACUCUCCCCGGGAAGGCAGGCCCGCAACAUUUUUUCUCACUUGCCGGUUCCCAGGGCUGCCUCCUGUUCAUCCUUGACAUUUAGCUUAAAGUCAACUUCUUCAGGGAACUUCUUCCCCAACUAUUUGGUCCCCUGCUGUACAACAGAAAGAACAUCCAGAUUGGAAAGGCCAUCAAGAAGAAAGGCACUACCUCCUAGGACAGAGAAAAUGGCUGUUGACCAGGACUGGCCUAGUGUCUACCCUGUUGCAGCACCAUUUAAGCCCUCUGCAGUACCUCUUCCUGUUCGAAUGGGUUACCCAGUAAAAAUGGGGGUGCCCAUGGCAAAGGAGGGAAAUCUAGAACUUUUAAAGAUCCCCAAUUUUUUGCAUUUGACUCCUGUAGCAAUUAAAAAGCAUUGUGAAGCUCUUAAAGAUUUCUGCACUGAGUGGCCAGCUGCACUAGACAGUGAUGAAAAAUGUGAGAAGCAUUUUCCAAUUGAAAUUGACACAGCUGAUUAUGUUUCAGCAGGACCAUCUAUUCGAAACCCCAAAGCACGAGUAGUAACCUUAAGGGUUAAACUUUCCAGUUUGAAUUUAGAUGAUCAUGCAAAGAAGAAACUUAUUAAACUUGUAGGAGAGCGAUACUGCAAGACCACAGAUGUGCUUACCAUCAAAACAGAUAGGUGCCCUUUAAAGAGGCAGAAUUAUGAUUAUGCAAUGUAUCUGCUAACAGUUUUAUACCAUGAGUCUUGGAAAACUGAGGACUGGGAGAAAAAUAUCACUGAAGCAGACAUGCAAGAGUAUAUAUGGACAAAUAGCUCCUCAGAAAAAAAUAUCCUGGAAACACUUCUUCAAAUUAAAGCUGCAGAGAAAAACCUGGAAGUAACUAAAGAAGAGCUCCUUGGCACUAAAGAGAUUGAAGAUUACAAAAAGUGCGUUGUUAGUCUUAAGAACGAAGGGGACAGUGAAUAUACUCUUUCUCAAUACAAAGAGUCAGUGAAGAGACUAUUAAAUUUAACAUGAAUUAUGUAGAAAAACAUGCUUGGUUUAUUUUAUGAUUGAUUUGUAAUUAUCUAAUUUGAUAUAAAGUUGAAAAUGUUAAAAAAUAUUGUUUUACUUCUGAGUUAAAAAUUAUUCCGCUCAUGCUAAUGCACAAAGGCAAUGAAUAUUCACAAAUUUUCUUAUACUCUGGGGCAAUUAGACUCAUUAGAUCUAGAUUUCUUCUAGUUCUAACGUGUUUUGAUUUUACUUCUAUUAUAAUAACUUUAGAAUUUAAAUAUAUAUAAUAGAUUUAUUUUGUCACCUGCUACAUUGUUUCCCUACACAGUAGCACUUACUGGAUGCUUCUGAAUUGUAACUGUGGUUAUUUCAGAAAUGAGGUCCAGGACCGGCCUCCACUGCAGGUCAGUGUUUUGUUUACAUAACUGCUGUCCACCCAAAGCAUUUUUGCAGAUGUCAGUUCUGAUUAGAAGCAGGUCCUUGGGAAUAUUUUCUAACCUCACAAGUUGGUUCCAUCCCUCUAUUUUGGGGUCACCUUAUAUUGAUUCAUUUCUGUUUAGCAUCUUAUUUUCUAUUUCCUGGGCCUCAUUUCUCUGAACCCAACUUGCAAAUGGAGAUUAACUGGUAUUCGUGCUUGAUUCCCCCAGUGAGAGCUUCCACAGCUCAGGAAAGAGAUGAGGCUUAAGGAGUAUAAGUGGAGUAAACGAAAGAGGGAGCACUGCCCUAAGAAGCAUUCUCUUCCACUUAGCUGUCAACUCAGGAUUUUUAAGUAUAUCUGGAGGUCAUUUCUUAGCACCUCCAAAGUUAUCCACAAGUGAUCAAUUUAAAAU